AUGGAAGAUCCACAAGUGGCGGCACUCGCUGCCCAACCCGGUAGCGCGUCUGAGGUGAACCGCCUCGUCCGCUCUGACCUCCGUCACCACUACGUCUUCUCGCGCCUCAAGGACUUCCUCUCCAACGGCGACGCUACCAAGGCGGAUGAGUUGACGCGGCAGCUGGACCGAAACUUCACGGACGGAUCGGCGAACUUCAUGAUCGUUCAUGACCUUCUCCAAGGUACCGGCGCCAACACACUGCUGUUCACAUAUCAACCGGUGAGUGCCUCAGCCGCAGCAGACGUGGUGGCGGCCCCGGCCGCUGCAACGGCAGCAGACGCGAAAGCGGUCAACAAUGGUGGCGCUGGUGCGGCUUCGGAUGCCCCUGCCACUACUAGUGAUGGUGGCAGCGUGGAGGAUGUGCUGCAGGUGUUGGACCCCACGAAGAGCAGCAUCCAGCACAUCACGAAACGUUUCGUCUACGUGAUGCGCGCCAACACUGGCACGCCGAUAAAUGGCAAAGACUUGACACAAGCGGUACAAGAGGUGUCGAUGGGCGUCAUGGGGGCGAACGUGCUCACCAGCUACGAGCACUUGCUGACGGAGGUGUACACGCCGCUGCUGAACCGGAUGCGCCACUGGGGAAAGAACACGGUGGACCAGAAGAACCAGUUCAUUGUCAACCUGAUGCAGUACGCGGACCGCGUGAAUGAGCUGCAGCAGCUGCAGGACGACACGCCGACGCUGGCCCCAGUGAACCAGGCAACGUGGAAGCAUCUGCGGAGCGGCGGCGUCAGCAAGCGCGGCGGUACGAGCGACGCGACGGUAGUGGCCAGCCUAGCGCAGACCGUGGAGAGCUGGGUGCAGACAGUGAACGAAGCUGUGGCACGAGUGCCCAACUACGAGGCGGAGCUGCAGGACGAGCGCGCUGGCCCGAAGACGGAGAAAGAUCUGUGGAAGACGCGACUCGCCAAGUUGCGGCUGCUCGAGGAACAGCUGCAGCACGUCUCGGCCACACAGGCGGUGCAGUACCUCCGCGAGGCGCGCAACCCACUUGUGACGCAGUGGACGGAGAUGGACACAAGCCUGACGGAGGCACUGGCGGAGGCACAGGAGAACGUCAAGUACCUGCAGUCGCUGGACACCUACUUCGAUGUACUAUACUCGUCCAACCUGCAGCGUAUCAUGACGAUUAUGCCGACGCUCAUCACGAACAUCCGCAUGAUGUACACCAUCGCCCGUUACUACCCCACCCGCGAGCACAUGACGGCGCUCUUCUUCAAGAUCACAAACGAGAUUGUCCUGGCAUGCAAGCGCGCCAUCAACCCGUCUGGCACCCGCUCGCGCAUCUGGGACAUGACGCACGAUACCGCCUCACUGCAAGACCUGAUUGGUCGCCUGCAGGCGAGCGCGAAGCUGAAUGAAGUGUACAUUAAGGAGUACCGCAAGGCGCAGGAGUACUUCCUCACCCACAGUGAAGACAGCGGCGGCCGUCUCUUCGAUUUUGACGAGCUGCGCUUUCUCGGUCACUUCAAUCUGUUCGCUAAGCGCGUGGACAAGCUCAUCACUGUCUUCCGCAAGGUGGAGCAGUUUCGCCUGCUCAGGAGCUUCCACGUAGAUCAGAUGGCGAGCCUGCUGCCCCGCUUCGACGAGUACCUCGGCCACCUGCGCGGCAAAACGACAGACAUCCUCGACGUGCACGACAACAAUAAGUUUGACGUGGAGUUCAAAGUUUUCGAGAGUCGUCUGUCAGAGCUGGAGACGUCGAUGCAGGUCGCCAUCAACUCCUCCUUCGAGAAUAUUACGUCUACCGACAAUGCCCUGCUCUUGCUGAAGAAAUACCAAAAGAUCCUGCAGUCCGAGACAUUCGCGGCGGACCUGGAGUCGAAGUACCUUGUCAUCUUCCAUAGCUACGGCAUGGAACUGGAGAAGGAUCAGAAGACAUAUGAGCGCUACAAGGAGAAUCCGCCGAUGGCUCGCCACAUGACACCGGUUGCCGGCGCUAUCAGCUGGUCGCGCCAGCUUCUGCGCCACAUCAAGGAGCCAAUGGACAAGUUUAAGACGAACCGCACCAUCAUGGCGAACACGAAGGACAGCAAGAAGGUGAUCCGGACGUACAACAAGGUGUCAAUCGCCCUGCUGGAGUUCGAAGCAAUUUGGCUGGACGCGUGGAAGCGCUCCAUCGAGUCGAGCAAGGCGGGCAUGAGUGCAACGCUGCUCGUGCGUCACGACGGUCGGCUGUACGUCAACUUCGACAGCGAGAUUAACCAGCUUAUCAAGGAGACACGCUCACUGAUGCUGCUCGGUGAUGUCGAUGUCCCGCCGGCCGCCAAGUCGCUUCUCAUGCAAGAGCAGAAGCUAAAGGUCUUCUACAACGAGCUGACCUUCCUCGUGAAGGAGUACGAGCGUGUCAUUGGCCGCCCUGGCGAGUCGAGGCGGUGCGCUAUCAUCGGCAUUACCCGCCCUCUUCUGCAACCAGCCAUCCAGCGGCUCGACGCGAUCAUUCGGCCUGGCGAGACCACACUGACGUGGACCUCGAUGAAUGUUGACACCUACCUGGAGCGCGUCCGCAACGCCAUCAGCGAUCUGGAUCACCUGGUGAGCAAGGUGAACGAGACGGUGGCGCACCGCAUCCAGUCAAACCUCAAGGCGGUGUCGUCAACGCUGCUGGUGAACCUUUUCGAGGAGCACGUCUCACUGGACCAGUUCGUGCAACUGCAGGAGCGCCAUAUUCGCCAGCAGUGCGAGGUAAUGAACGUCAAGAACCGCGAGGUCGAGAGCGCCGUCGACGACGUUGUGGAGCUCAUCGUGCGUUACAACAUGGCGAACGCGCAGCAAGGCGUCGUGCAAACCGGUGGCACCAAAGGAAGUCCCUGCAGCAUAGACCGUGGUGCCCCGACGUCGACGGAGAUGGCGCCCGCGACGGGCGUCAACAAGUCCGUGAUGGCUACGGAUGCGAUGGAUGGCAUCACCCAGGAGAAGGUGCGGGUACUGAAGGGACACUUUCACCGCCUCACGUUCAAGGCCAUUCUGACCUGCACGACGCGGUCGCUAAAUCUGCUAAAGAAGCGGGUCGGUACGCACAACCGUGUCGCCUUCCUUUUUUCGGAGACGCCUCUCUUCGACGUUGAUGUGCAGCUGCUGAGCGCGGAGCCGUACCUGGUUCUGAGCCCCUCGCUCGACGAGGUGCAACUAACGAUCAACCAGUGUGCGACGGCGGUGCUGUCGUGCAGCAAGUACAUGACGCGCUGGCACUAUUUCGAUGAAGAGGGCGCGAGCUUCUACGAAGAGAUCGCGCGAAACAGGGAGGUGGUGAAGGUGGUGCUGUUGCUCACGGGUAGCGUGCAUGGGCUCAAGAAGCAGGUCAUGGAGUACCUUGGUCAUUUCUGCAAGUAUGAGGCUAUCUGGAAGGAAGACAAGGACGAGGCCUACGAGGGCUUCCUUCAUGCAAACCCGACGCUAGACGACUACGAGGCAAAGCUUAGCGAGUACGUGGCACUGGAACAGGAGGUGAAGAGCCUGGCCCCGUGCUUCAACGUUGGAAGCCUCGCUCUGCAGAACAAGCCGCUGCAGCUGGAGCUGCUGCAGCGCAUCUCCGAGUGGAAAGAGGUGUACAUCAACAAGCUCUACGCUCAGGCGCAGCGUCAGCUCGACAGUCUCACUCUGAGGAUGGAAGAGGAGGCGCAUCAGCUGCAGAUGCCGAUUCCUGACCAGGACAAGCUGGAGGACCUGCGCGUGCUGAUGAACACCCUGCGCGACAUCCGCGACCGCGAGUCCGUCGUCGAGUUCCAGUUUCUACCGGUGCAGCAGUCGUACGCCCUCCUGCAGCGGUACACGUCGAUCAUCCCGAAGGAAGAGACGGACCGCGUCGAGGAUCUGCGCAUCAAGUGGCGCAAGCUGCAGAAGGCGGCACAGCUGCGGACGGACGACAUCAACAACAUGCAGCACGGCUUCAAGAAGGGCCUGACACAGGAGGUGCAGAAGUUCGGGGCGGAAGUGGUCGCGUUCCGAAACGACUAUGACUCGAGCGGGCCGAUGGUGGAGGGCCUGCCGCCGCAAGAGGCGAUGGAGCGUCUGAAGCGGUUCCAGCGCCAGUUCGAUGACAAGUACCGGAAGUGGAUGACGUACAUGGCGGGUGAGGAGCUCUUUGGACUACCCGUGCACAAGUACCCAGAGCUGGUGAAGACGAAAAAGGAGCUGGAGCUGCUGGAUAAGCUCUACACGCUCUACAUCAACGUGCUGCAGAAGGUGAACGGCUAUAACGACAUUCUGUGGUGCGACCUCGAUUUUGACGCCGUGUGCGAGGAGGUCAGCGUAUUCGUCAACCAGUGCAAGCGCCUUCCCAAGUCGUUGCGCGACUGGGACGCGUACGUGGAGCUCAAGACGAUCCUCGACAACUUCAUGGAGCUGCAGCCCGUCAUCCAGGAGCUGAAGAGCCCUGCGGUGGUGGAGCGGCACUGGCAGGAAAUAAUGAAGGUCUCUGGCCACAAGUGGCGUACCGACCCCGACGUGUUCAAGCUGCAGGACCUCGUAGACGCGAAUCUGCUGGUCGCUGCGGAAGAAGUGGUGGAUAUUGCGACGUCCUCAGCGCGCGAGGCGGAGAUUGAGGCCAAGUUCCGCGCUCAGGAGGCGCUCUGGAAAGACCAGGAGCUGCACUUCAGCGAGUUCAAGCACCGCGGCCCCAUCAUUCUGAAGGGUGAUGACACUACUGUCAUUCGCGAAGCGCUCGAAGAGUCGUCGUUAGCCGUCAACUCGAUGCUCUCCUCACGCUACUGCGCCUUCAUGCGCGAGAACAUUCAAGGCUUCCUGCAGAAGCUGGUGAAAGUAAGCGAGACAAUCAGUCUGUGGACAGAGGUACAGUUCACGUGGCAGUAUCUCGAGGCUGUGUUCGCCGGCGGCGACAUCAUGAAGCAGCUACCGCAGGAGGCGAAACGCUUUGCCAUGAUUGACAAGCAAUGGCAGAAGAUCAUGAACAAGGCGAACGAGACGCCCAACGUGAUUGUAUUUUGCUACGAGAACGAGCUGCUGCAGAGCCUGCCAACGCUCAAGGAGCAGCUGGACGAGUGCCAGCGCAAGCUUUCCCUCUACCUGGAGCAGAAGCGCAACCUCUUCCCGCGCUUCUACUUUGUGUCCGACACGGUGCUGCUGGAGAUUCUCUCGCAGGCGAGCGACCCACAAUCGAUCCAGCCACACCUGGCCUCCAUCUUCGAUGGGGUGUCCGCCGUCACGUUCGAGCGUGUGAAGCCAAAGGCGGCUGGCGCGCAGCCUUACUACCAGGUGGUGGAAAUGAUCUCGGGCGAGGGGCAGGUGCUGGCCAUGCACGAGCCCACCCCAUGCGUCGGGAACGUCGAAGACUGGCUGACGCGUCUCUGCACGGGCAUGACGAGGACAGUACGCGAAGUGGUGAAGGCGAGUGUGACGGAGCUGCCGGCGCUGCUCACCAACACGGCCUAUCUCGGCACGAUCAUCGAUCGCUACCCCGCGCAGGUGGCGCUUCUGAUGCUGCAGCUGUUUUGGACCGCCGAUAUGACGGAGUGCAUCCACCGUGGUGUGAUGCGGGCGCGGGGCAAGGAGGCCGUCGCUGCCCGCUCGAAGUGCGAUGCAGUCAAGAACUUCCUUGUGAACAUCACCACGUCGCCGGAGCUGGAGAAGAAGCCGCUACGCAUGCGCACAAACAUUGAGACGCUCAUCACGAUUCAGGUGCAUCAGCAGGAGGUCUUCAUGGAGCUGCAGAAGGCCAGUAUCAAGGACAUCACACACUUUGACUGGCUCAAGCAGGCGCGCUUCUACUACCGCCCGGAGCGGGACGCAACGAUCAUCUCCAUCGCCGAUUCCGACACAGAGUACUGCAACGAGUACCUUGGCGUCAAGGAGCGCCUCGUCAUCACGCCGCUGACGGAUCGCUGCUACAUUACGCUGUCGCAGGCGCUGGCCAUGUACAUGGGUGGCGCACCAGCUGGCCCCGCCGGUACCGGCAAGACAGAGACGACAAAGGAUCUGGCACGCACGUACGGCAAGUUUUGUGUCGUCUUCAACUGCUCCGAUCAGCUAGACCGCCAUGCCAUGGGCAAGAUUAUUCGCGGUCUGUCGCAGGCGAACGCGUGGGGCUGCUUCGAUGAAUUCAACCGUAUCGACCUUCCCGUGCUCUCCGUUGUGGCGCAGCAGGUGAGUUGCGUUCUGCAGGCGCUAAAGCAGCACAAGGAAAAGUUUAUCUUCAUUGACGGGCAGGUGACGGACUUGAUGCCCGGCGUCGGCUUCUUCAUUACGAUGAAUCCCGGUUACGCUGGUCGCCAGGAGCUGCCGGAGAACCUGAAGAUUCUCUUCCGUGGUGUGACCAUGAUGGUUCCAGAUCGGCAGACGAUCAUGAAGGUGAAACUUGCCUCGCAGGGGUACAGUCAGGAUGACCUCCUCAGCAAGAAGUUCUUCAUUUUGUACAAGCUGUGCGAAGAACAGCUGUCGAAGCAGCGCCACUACGAUUUUGGCCUUCGAAAUAUUUUGUCGGUGCUGCGCACGGCUGGUGCGGUGCUGCGCCGCAGCCCCGGGAAGGACGAGGAGGAACUCUUUAUGCGCACCCUGCGAGACAUGAACCUGUCGAAGCUGGUCUUUGAGGACAUUGACCUGUUCGACUCGCUGCUCCGCGACAUGUUUCCUGGCCGCCAGUUCGUGAAGGGCACGCACCCGGAGAUUGAAACGGUUAUGAAGAAGGUGGUGGAGGAGAAGGGACUCAUCUACUGGACGCCGUGGGUCAGCAAGGUGCUGCAGCUGUACGAGACGAAGCUUGUGCGACACGGCAUCAUGGUCGUCGGCCCCGCUAUGUGCGGUAAGACGCAGUGCUACGACGUUAUGACGGAUACACUGUCGCGCACGACGGUGCCGCACCAGCAGCUGCGCAUGAACCCUAAGGCCAUCACGGCGCCGCAGAUGUUCGGCCGCGUCGAUGUGGCAGGUGACUGGCACGAUGGCGUGUUCUCGUCCUUGUGGCGCCAGGCAGUGCGGAAUGCAAAGAAGAAGAAUAUCUGGAUUGUCUGCGAUGGGCCGGUAGAUGCCAUCUGGAUCGAAAACCUGAACACCGUUCUGGACGACAAUAAACUGCUGACGCUCGCGAACGGCGACCGAAUUCAGAUGAGCGACACGAUGAAGUGCUGCUUCGAGGUCGAGAACUUGGCGAACGCCUCCCCGGCUACUGUGUCUCGCGCUGGUAUUGUGUACAUCUCCGACGUCAUUCUCGGUUGGAUGCCAGUGCUGGAGUCGCGGCUGCGCGCCACAAUGAACGCGGAUGGACAGAUGCUGCCUCGGGACGUGGUGAAGCGCUGCCACCCGCAGCUCGCCGAGAAGCUGCUUGCCAUCUUUCUUCCCAUCAACCCGGAGACGAACACAGUGCCGGAGAGCUGCAUCACGAACAAGAUCGCCGAGUUCUACAGUCGCGAGUGCACGGUAGUGAUGCGCACGUCGGUGGCCCACCUUGUCGAGAAUGCGUUCCACCUCGCUGUUGCUCUCGGCGACGAGAUUGGGGAUGGCGCCGCCGUAUCGCAGCAGCUGGCGGAGAAGAUCUUCUGGUUCUCCAUGUCGUGGUCCUUUGGUGGUACGCUGGAGCUGCAGGACCGGUCAAAGUUCGACCAGUUUGUGCGCAGCAAGUUCUCCGCACUGCCACCGCUGGCCGAGGGCCAAAUCUUUGACUUCUUGCUGAACUGCAAGACAGGUGAGUGGGAGCCGUGGUCACACUACCUUGAGCAGUGGCGAUACCCAGGCGACGACCGGCUCGACUUCUCCUCGCUGUUCAUCCCGACCGCCGACUCGGUGCGGUUGCACUACCUCGCUAAGUGCAACUUCCUGCAGAACCGCCCCACACUCUUCAUCGGCGUCAGCGGUACAGCCAAGACGGUCACGGUGGAGCAGUUCCUCGGCAGCAUUAAAGCGCAGGACGAACAGAGCAACUUCCGAAAGGUGAACUUCUCCUCGAUGACGCUGCCGCAGAACUUCUACAACACGCUGGAGGACAUGACAGAGAAGAAGAUGGGCUCGAACUACGGCCCGAAGAACUACGAGCGACUCACCGUCUUCAUCGAUGAUAUCAACAUGCCAGAGAUCAACGAGUGGGGUGACCAGAUCACGAACGAGAUUGUGCGCCAGGUGGUAGAGAUGAGCCAGGUGUACGACCUCAGCAAGCCAGGCAUACGCCGUGAAUUCAAGGGCCUGGUGUUUAUGGCCGCUAUGUCGCACCCGUCUGGCGGCAAGAACGACAUCCCAAAUCGGCUGAAGCGGCACUUCACGGUGCUGAACAUGCCGCUGCCGGAGGAAGCGAACAUUCAGCAAAUAUUUGGCACCCUCUUCGAGGGUCGCUUCUGCAAUGAGAACUACGCGCAGAGCGUCCAGGACAUAGCGCGCAUGCUGACGAAGAUGUCUAUCAGCUUCUGGGAGGCGAUGGGAAAGCGCAUGCUACCCACGCCUGACAAGUUCCACUACUUCUUCAACCUGCGCGACCUCUCGCACAUCACGCAGGGCAUCAUGCUGACAGGCAUGCACUCCGACCCUGACCGACCGGAGAAGCGCGCUCAGAGCAAGCCGUGGGAGACGAUCACCGACGCUGUGACGCUACUGCGCGUGUGGAAGCACGAGUGCGCGCGUGUGUUUAGUGACAAGCUCAACAGCGUCAGCGACAAGCGCUGGUUCGACGAGAACAUCCAGAACUGCAUCCACGACCAUCUGUCGUCGACGCCGUACAAGGACCUGGCAGAGCUGGUGCGGGAGCCGGUGUACAUGGCGAACUUCAUGCGCGACCCCAUCAUGGACCCCGAGACGGGCGAGCAGAUGGAGCCGGCGCCGCGUAUUUACGAGGUGGUGCCGUCGAUGGACUCCGUGUUGGAGCGCCUGAUGAAGUCGAUGCAGGCCCACAACGAGACCCCGGCUGGCCGCGUGAAGAAGCUGAAUCUUGUCCUUUUCGAAGCCGCGCUGAAGAACGUGUGCCGCAUCUCUCGCGGUCUCUCGCUGCCGCGCGGCAACUUGCUGCUCGUCGGCGUCGGUGGCAGCGGCAAGCAGUCGCUGGCGCGCCUCGCUGCCUUCGUGAAUGGUCAGGACUACGCCACACUCACAAUCUCAAAGGGCUUCGGCGUCAACCAGCUCUUUGACUCGAUUCGCGAACAGUACAUCAGUGCCGCAACCAAGAAGCCCGUCACCAUGCUCUUCACCGACAACGACAUCAAACAGGAGGUGUUUCUCGAGUACAUCAACUCCUUCCUGUCGAACGGCGAGAUUGCUGGCCUUUUCGCCAGCGACCAGCGCGAUUCGGCCAUCAACGACAUCCGCCCGAUCAUGAAGAAGGACCCGUACGCAAAGUUUGAGGAUAUGUCGGAGUCGCUGUGGAAGUACUUCAUCGGCCGCGUGCGGGAGCGGCUACACUUUGUGCUCUGCUUCUCGCCUGUUGGGGACCGCUUCCGCACACGCGCGCGCAAGUUCCCUGCGCUGAUAUCGUCGUGCAUCAUUAAUUGGUUCUUCCCGUGGCCACGGCAGGCCCUGCUCGACGUCUCUUCGCGCACAAUCGAAAACUUCGAAAUGGCGACGGAGGACAAGCACAAGAAGGCGCUUGUGGAGCUGAUGGCGGAGAUUCACCUCCUCAUGCUGGAGCGCUCCGAGGAAUACCUCGCCCGCUACCGCCGCUCCGUGUACAGUACGCCUAAAUCGUACCUUAGCUUCAUUGAGAGCUACACGAAUGUGUAUGCAAAGAAGUUCAACGAGCUCAACGACGAGGCAAAGAAGAUCAAUAACGGCCUCAAGAAGCUGCACCAGGCGGCCGAGGAUGUGCGGGUGAUGCGGACGCAGCUGCAGGAGAAGGAGGUGCUGCUGAGCGACAAGCGCAAGGAGACGGAGGCGCUGGUCAAGGAGAUUGAGGUGCGCACGGCUGAGGCAGAGAAGAAGCGGGUGGAGGUGGAGAUCGUGAAGGAAGCGGUGGCUCACGACGCUGCAAUCGUCGCGCACGGCGAGGCGGAGGCAAAGAAAGACCUGGAGGCGGCCGAGCCGGCAU